AUGAGGAGGUAUGGAAAGAUGAGGAUAGUGGCUGACACGCUUAAUGUGGGCAGCGAGACGGCAGUUAUUCGAGUUCGACCCCGAUUCGCAGUGCGAUUGUUGCCAGGCGAGAGAGAUGAAAGCAGGGACUGGCCGGUCGGACAGCCCGACUACUUGCAGUUUACGCUCUACAAGCGCAACAAGGGAAUGACAUCCAUGGUUAAUCAGCUCGCGUCCAUGUUGAAGGUUCCCCCGACGGCGUUUUCGUAUGCAGAAGUGAAGGAUAAGCGCGCAAUCACCACACAGCUUUGUACGGUGUAUCGUGUGCCUAAAAAUCGGGCGCAGCUUGUGCUUCGUCCAGGCGGUUCGAAAAAGCUGGAAGAACAGCCGUAUCUGGUGGGCGAUAUGCGUUACGUGUCACGGAAGAUUGAGCUUGGCGACUGCGCUGGCAACCGCAUUACCAUGGUGAUUCGAUCGUUGCCUGAAGAUGAAAAGGAGCUGUCGAAGGACGAUGUGAGUCAGGCAGUGAGUAGCUGGGAAACACGCGGGUUCGUUAACUUUUUCGGGUUACACCGUUUCGGUAAAACCAGCACUUCUUAUCAUUUGCUUGGACGUGCAGUGUUGCGCAAGGACUACAAAAUGGCUGUGUUGUUAGUACUCCGCCCACAAGAGGGCGAAGCUAGUAAGAUCCGCGCUGCAAGAGAAAGUUUUCGUCAGCACAAAGAUAUGACAGCCGCUCUGCGAAUGCUUCCUCCGUACCUGGUACUAGAACGAGCGGUCCUCGAAGGCCUCCAACAGCAUGGUUUGGAUGCACACGAACCAGCCUUCAAUACCAUUCCGAAGCAACUCCGUGUAUCGUUCGUACAAGCGUACCAGUAUUUCGUGUGGAAUGAGAUGGCGAGUAUGCGAAUGGCGAAGUUUUCAUCGACGUCAGCUGUUGUUGGCGACCUUGUCCUUGCGAAGAACAUCGGGUUGAGAACGUCAGAAAGCCAUGUCGGAACAAGCGAACCGACAAGGAAGCGACAACGGACUGAAAAGAGUGCAAAGAGACAACCCGUGCAGGAGACUGUGGAACUCACUGAGGAUAACGUGGACCAAUACUCGAUCGAGGAUGUGGUGCUGCCACUGCCAGGACAUGCAAUUAAGUACCCCACCAACGAAAUCGGCACUGCGUACCGGAAAAUGCUUACGACAGACGGUAUCGAUUUGAAUGCGCAUUUCGGUCCGGACGGAAGUCAAGCAUACAUACUAGACGGAUCGUACCGCCACAUAGUGAAAAAGCCUACUCGCGUGUCAUUCCGGUUGGAGCGCUACACGGAUCCGAACAAACCUUUGGUUUCGAACGAUGUCGACGCCUUACUCGCAGACUCGUCUGCAUUUUCGCACGAUACCAUUUCUCGAGAGAUCGCAGCAGAAAAUGCGUCGCAAGAAUCUACGGAAGGCACACCUUAUCGUGCAUUAGUGCUUGAAUUUGAUCUGGACUACGGCGUGGACGCAACAGCUGCUGUCCGUGAGUUAUUGAAGCAGAGCGGCAGCAUGCAAGUUAAUUGGCAGACGUCCAUCUCCCAGGCAGCGAAGGACAAAGCCACAAGAAACAUCGGUGGCGUGUCUAAUGUAGACUCUGGAUCGACCGGCUCUAGAACUGCUACGUCAGGCACCAAAGCUGGCCAAGGCGACAUGCGCAAGGUCAUCAAAGCUCAGAAAACGACUCAAGUGGCCAUCGGUCGUCCAGGAUUCAGCCUUGGCAGGUCAUAA